CCAGCUGAUGUAUUUUUCAUGCUGGCUCCAUUAUGAUGAUGCGUGAUUACGCGCCCUCAGCUCCACUGGGCGUGUGGCUCUCCUACUCCAUAUCUCCAUAUCCCGGCAUCGCGUCACAUGUCAGGGCUCCCAAGUUUUUUUUCCCUUCUCGGAGUCGGAUCAUCCUCGGAGCUCCAGCCCACACAGCCAAGAGUCUCCAGCGCGCGUCUCCGCUCCACGCAGCGUAACCCACCUCCGCCACCAUGGACGCGGACAGAUGCUCAACUCUCAGUUAGAGCCAAGUGGCGACUCGACUGGACGCUCAACGCAAGCAGGUUUGGAUUUGGCUUCCGGUGGAGCGAACGCCAGGAUCAUUUUGGGACAAAAGCGGCUGAGGAAGAGCGAAGCAGCUCCGGGUGCUGGCAGAGGCUGCAAAGUCGCGGAUCAUGCUUAUGGGAACUUUUGGUUGCAUCUCGAUGAGAUGAUGUUCCAAAAUGUCUUCAGACUGAAUGACUCAUGGGAUUGAUCCAAAUCUUAUGGAUGAUGAGCUGAGCCAGAGGGUGAAGCAAGUGCCGAAGAUGAGCUGUGUCGUCCGUUUCAGACCGUAGGAGAAGUCUGCACUGCUGGCCAUUGGUUCGGAGUUGGACUGGAUUCAGCGUCCUUCAGUCACGACAACAAUCGAGCUUGAAUGUGGAAGAGAGAGAUGCUUUAAGCCACUGACUUGAGUGGCUCUGCCUGAUGCUCUAUCAUGACUGAUGGCGAGGGGAGAGUGCGCUUUCACAAUGUCGAGUGCCAGGAGGGACCAGAGAAGGAGCCGGAGGAGGUGCUGGAGGAGGUGAGGCUUGCUAUUCCAAGGUCUUCCCGGAGGGACCGCGAUGCUGACCCCGGGGGAGGAGCGGGAAGCGAUGACGAAGAUCGGCCAGACCUGGAGGAGGCGGGGCAGGACUCCGGUGGACAGGCGGACCAGUGGAAUUCCCAGGUUCCAGAAGCAGAUCUGGAAGUGGAAGUUGCACCGACACUGGGAGUUCGCAUCACCGCUCCUAUCCGGGACCCGGACUGUGUUUCUGAGGAGGAGGAGCAGCAGCCCUACCCGGCCCUGGCCCCCGUGGCCUUCUUCUGCUUGAAGCAAACCACCAGGCCUCGCAACUGGUGUCUUCGCGUCGUCUGCAACCCAUGGUUCGAGCACGUGUCCAUGCUGGUGAUUCUGCUCAACUGUGUCACUCUGGGGAUGUUCCAGCCUUGUGAGGACGUCGCCUGUCAGUCAGAGUGGUGUCGUGUCCUGCAGGUGCUGGACGACUGCAUCUUUGCAUUCUUCGCUGUGGAGAUGGUGAUCAAGAUGGUGGCCUUGGGAAUUUUCGGCUCCAACUGUUACCUUGGUGACAAGUGGAAUCAGCUUGACUUUGUCAUCGUCAUGGCAGGGGUGAUGGAGUACUCUCUGGACGGCCACAACGCCAGCCUGUCAGCCAUCCGUACGGUCCGAGUGCUCCGACCUCUGCGGGCCAUCAACAGGGUGCCAAGUAUGCGGAUCUUGGUGACGCUGCUCCUGGAUACUCUGCCCAUGUUGGGAAACGUCCUCCUUCUCUGUUUCUUUGUCUUUUUCAUCUUCGGCAUAGUCGGGGUGCAACUGUGGGCGGGGCUGCUGAGAAACCGAUGCUUCCUUGGAGAAGACAUCAACACCAUGUACAACUUGUCUCUGAGUCCAUACUAUCAGUCAGAUGAGGGCGAGGACAGUCCCUUCAUCUGCUCUGUUGCGCGGGACAAUGGGAUGCAGCGCUGCAACGAGGUGCCACUGUACACUGAGGACCACACGGAGUGCAGGCUUCCUGCCCCCCACCUCGCCUUGCUUCCUCCUGAGGGGGCCAGCGUUAAUGGAUGUGUCAAUUGGAACCAGUACUAUAACAAGUGCGAGGCUGGGGAUUUGAACCCUCACAAAGGAGCAGUCAACUUUGACAACAUCGGCUAUGCUUGGAUCGCUAUAUUCCAGGUCAUAACACUGGAGGGAUGGGUGGAUAUCAUGUACUAUGUCAUGGAUGCUCACUCCUUCUACAAUUUUAUAUAUUUUAUACUGCUCAUUAUUGUGGGCUCCUUCUUCAUGAUCAACUUGUGCCUCGUGGUCAUCGCCACCCAGUUCUCUGAGACCAAGCAGCGGGAGAAUGCGCUCAUGAGGGAGCAGCGAGCGCGCUACAUGUCCAACGACUCCACGCUGGCCAGCUACAGCGAGCCCGGCUCCUGCUACGAGGAAAUGCUACGCUACAUCUCUCACCUGUAUCGGAAGUUCACGCGCCGGCUACAGAGAAUGUACUCUGGGUGGCACAGUAAACGGCGUAAAAAGGUGAACCCCAACAGCGGAGGGGCCAACAACGGCGGGGGGAACGGACACGGGUCAAGCAGAAGCUGCGGCGGGCCGAGCAGCACGCUGUGGCUCAGACCCAUCCACAACCUCCUGCAGCACCAUCAGUACCAGCACUGCCGCCUCUCUAACGGAGGUCAGCACUCGCUCGGGCCAGGGCAACUGGAAGGAGGAGACGGUGGGGCUGGCGGAGAGGUGGAGCUGGAGAUGAAGACCAUUCCAGUCAGGAGAGGGAGCACCAACGUGACCUCGGGUGUGGGGGCGCUCCUGGGCAGACUGAACGGAGGAAUGAACUAUCCCACCAUCCUGCCGUCCUUCGUGAGCAGCUACAGCAGCAAGACGCCACCACCGCACGCUCAGCAGAGUCCGGAGCUGCAGGCCACGCGCCCGCCGCCCUCGGAACACGCCGAGACUCUCAGCAAGCUCUACCAGCUGAUGGGCCAACACAGUCGCCAGCGGUUAUUGCACCAGUUGGCCGGCGUGGUUCCGACUCCUCUGCUGCUCGAGCUCCUGAGCUGCCCUAUGUGUGCCCGAAGUCUGGAGACCUUAGACUUGGAAAUGGGGGACCUGGAGGGAGGACGAGGAGAAGCCGAUGCCCUGCACGACUUCUGCCAGGGGGAGCCGCGGGGGGGCCGGGGUCGUGGCCGGCGGCGGGGGGUGACGGAGUUCAGGAACGGAGCGCUCCGAGCGUGGAUGAGCUUCAGGGAGAAGCUCAAGAGAAUCGUGGAGAGCAAAUACUUCAACAGAGGAAUCAUGAUUGCUAUUCUGGUCAACACUCUCAGCAUGGGCAUCGAGUACCACCAGCAGCCGGAGGAGCUGACAGACGUGCUGGAGAUCAGUAACAUCGUUUUCACCAGCAUGUUUGUCCUGGAGAUGGCUUUCAUGCUGCUGGCUUUCGGCUUGUUUGGAUACAUCAAGAACCCGUACAACAUCUUCGACAGCAUCAUCGUCAUCAUCAGUGUGUGGGAGAUCAUCGGCCAGGCAGAUGGCGGCCUGUCAGUGCUACGUACCUUCCGUCUCCUCCGAGUUCUGAAGCUGGUCCGCUUCCUUCCUGCCCUGAGGCGACAGCUGGUGGUGCUGAUGAAGACCAUGGAUAAUGUGGCCACCUUCUGCAUGCUGCUGAUGCUCUUCAUCUUCACUUUCAGUAUCUUGGGCAUGCAUCUGUUUGGUUGUAAGUUCAGCCUUCGGACAGAGAACAACGACACCAUUCCAGACCGUAAGAACUUUGACUCUCUGCUCUGGGCUAUAGUCACGGUGUUCCAGAUCCUCACCCAGGAAGACUGGAACGUGGUGUUGUACAACGGCAUGGCCUCCACCUCACCGUGGGCAGCGCUCUACUUUGUGGCGCUGAUGACUUUUGGCAACUAUGUGCUUUUCAACUUGCUGGUGGCCAUUUUGGUAGAAGGUUUCCAGGCAGAGGGUGAUGCUAAUCGGUCAGAGUCAGACGAUGAGAAGAAGUCGGACAACUUUGAGGAGGACGAGAAGGUUGAGGAGCUCCGGGACGCCGAGCUGAAGAUGUAUUCGCUCAUGUUGACCGCCAAUGGUCACGUGGACCAGCGAGGACCGAUGGCUCCUCCCAUCAUCAUGCGCACGGCAGCCACGCCUAUGCCCACCCCGAAAAGCUCUUUGGGACCUGAUUCCGUCCUAGGGGACGAGCUCUUAUACCGAGAGGCCGUGCCACGGUGCACUGAGGGAGCACUUGCAUUUUCAGAGCCGGGAAUGAACCGUGCAGAGUCUCGUCGGGGAAGCUCCGCCUCCAUGGAGCCUGUAGCCUUUGACCAGCGAUCGAUUAGCCACUCGAGUCCGGGCCGCCGCUCCCCUCUUCCGCCACGUGGCUCCUGCAGCUCCUGGGGAAGCCGGCGCUCCAGUUGGAACAGUCUGGGUCGAGCACCGAGCCUGAAAAGGCGAGACACCAGCGGAGAAAGGGAGAGUCUGUUAUCUGGAGAGGGUGGCGAGGAAGAGGGUGGGGAGGAGGAUGGAGAAGGAUACGACCGGCUUCGGCCGGCCACACUGGAGCUGCUGCAGGCCUCCACUCUCUGCCCUGCGAUCGUAGCAGAGUACGGGGACUGCAAUGGCCGCAGCCUGACCUACGAGCCGGAGCUGACCACUGACAGCAAGGACGACUUGUCGCCAGAAGAUGACCUGGACGAUGACAGUUCCUUCUGCUACUGGGUGAAAAAAGAGCUCUACGAACUGAAGCCUCGCUGGUGCAAAGAGCACGAAGACUGGACACUGUACUUGUUCUCCCCAGAGAGUCGAAUUCGCGUGUGGUGCCAGAGUGUGAUCUCUCAUAAGAUAUUUGACCAUGUGGUUCUGGUCUUCAUCUUCCUCAACUGCAUCACCAUCGCCUUGGAGAGGCCCGAUAUAGAAAACCGCACCCAAGUUUCAAAAGAGGAACGAGUGUUUCUUCGUGUCUCCAACUACGUCUUCACCGCCAUCUUCCUGGCAGAAAUGGCCAUCAAAGUGAUCGCUCUGGGUUUCUGUUUCGGGAAGCAGACCUAUCUUCAGUCCAGCUGGAACGUUCUGGACGGUUUGCUGGUGUUUGUGUCCAUGGUGGACAUUUUGGUUUCUCUGGCGUACAGCAAUGGCAACAGGAUCCUGGGAAUUCUCCGAGUCCUACGUCUGCUGCGAACGCUGCGCCCCCUGAGGGUGAUCAGCCGAGCGCCAGGACUCAAGCUCGUCGUGGAAACGCUCAUCACCUCCCUCAGACCCAUCGGCAACAUCGUGCUGAUUUGCUGCGCCUUCUUCAUCGUCUUUGGAAUCUUAGGAGUUCAGCUCUUCAAAGGGAAAUUCUACCACUGUCAGGGCCUGGACACGACGAACAUACACAACAAGUCGGACUGUCUGCAGGCCAAGUACAACUGGAUCCGCCGGAAGUACAACUUUGACAACCUGAUUCAGGCUCUGAUGUCCUUGUUCGUGCUGUCCUGUAAAGACGGCUGGGUCAACAUCAUGUAUGAUGGUCUGGACGCCGUCGGAGUGGACCAGCAGCCCGUGAGAAACCACAACCCGUGGAUGCUGCUUUACUUCAUCUCCUUCCUGCUCAUCGUCAGCUUCUUCGUCCUCAACAUGUUUGUCGGCGUGGUGGUGGAGAACUUCCACAAGUGCCGGCAGGACCAGGAGGAGGAGGAGGCUCGCUUACGGGAGGAGAAGAGGCUCAAGUUGAUAGAGAAAAAGCGCAGGAGUAAGGAGAAUGGAGGGGCUGAGGCCAAGCAGAGGCCGUACUACGCCGACUACUCUCCUCUGCGCCUCACCAUCCACACGCUGUGCACUAGUCACUACCUGGACCUCUUCAUCACCUUCAUCAUCUGCGUCAAUGUCUUCACCAUGAGCAUCGAGCACUACAAGCAGCCUCAGUAUUUGGAGGAAGUCCUGAAAUACUGCAACUAUGUGUUCACCUGUAUCUUCGUCAUCGAGGCGCUGCUCAAACUGGUGGCGUUCGGUAUCCACAGGUUCUUCAAAGACAGGUGGAACCAGCUGGACAUUGCGAUUGUGGCAUUGUCCAUCAUGGGCAUCACGCUGGAGGAGCUGAAAAUGAACAAAGCACUUCCCAUCAAUCCGACCAUCAUCAGAAUCAUGAGGGUGCUGAGGAUCGCGCGAGUGCUCAAGCUUCUGAAAAUGGCCACAGGGAUGAGAUCGCUGCUGGACACCGUCAUGCAGGCGCUGCCACAGGUUGGAAAUCUCGGGCUCCUCUUCAUGCUGCUCUUCUUCAUCUACGCAGCACUUGGAGUGGAACUUUUCGGCAGACUUGAAUGCAGUGAGAAGAAUCCCUGCGAGGGCCUCAGCCGUCACGCUACCUUUGAAAAUUUUGGGAUGGCCUUCCUCACACUCUUCCGCGUGUCCACUGGAGACAACUGGAAUGGAAUCAUGAAGGACACGCUGAGAGAGUGCCAUGACGACAGCAACUGCCUGGCCUACCUGCCCUGGGUCUCCCCCCUCUAUUUCGUCACCUUCGUGCUCAUGGCCCAGUUCGUGCUGGUCAACGUGGUGGUGGCUGUUCUAAUGAAACAUCUGGAGGAAAGCAAUAAGGAGGCCAAAGAGGAUGCAGAGAUGGAUGCUGAGAUUGCCAUGGAAAUUGCUUUGGAACGCCAACGUAAACUAAGCACAACCUCAAGCAAUAGCUCAGGAGACGGCACCUUCGUCGGCCCAUGCCCAAACUCACCAGGAGAGGACGAAGAGGAGCAGUGCGACGACCAUGAUGUCCAGUCACCACUCAGAAUGUCUGUGUCUCGGAUGCACUCACUGCCCAAUGACAGCUAUAUGUUCAGACCUGUGCGGCCCGCCAGCGCCCCCUACCCUUUGGAAGAGGUGGACACAAAUCCUCCAGACAGAAAUUCAGCAGGAUCACUGACGUCGGUCAACUCCCAACCAUGCGAGGGUCGCACUCUGCUGCAGGUCCCUGACGUGUCCCCCAGCCACCCCCGACAACGCUCUCUUCAUUUGCCCUGCAUCGCCCCACCCACGAGCAGCCCCUCCCCCCGGGCUCUGCGGAGACAGGUGGCAGUCAAGGUGGACUCUGUGGAGUCUCAAAGUUGUGAGCAACAGGAGAGACCAAACUCCGCCCACCCGCCGCCCCGGUCGCCGUUUCUAGCCGGGCCACCGUCGCCUUCUUUACUGUCUUCCCCCGGGUCCCUCUCUCCUCAGCCAUCUUCGCCUUCCAUUCUGCUUCCUCCGCCUCCCUCUCCACGUCUCCCCUUGCGACCUGCGAGCCUUCGCAGACCGAGACCGCCAUCAGCUGUGUCUUUCUGUGACCCGGCGGACGAGGAGGUUUGUCACAUCACCACCUCGGCCCACCAGAGGAGUCAAAGCAGAGGGGAGGAGGAGCGCGUGAGGGAGAACCGCAGUCACUCCCUCUCACCGUACACCUCUCCACUGCUUCCUGCUCUGUCGUCCUCCUCCUCCCAGAGCACCCUCAGUUUACUGGGGGCGGGGCUCAAAGAACGAAAGGGCUUUGGCGGGGAAGUGCCCCAGCAGCCUGCGCUCUUGUCUGCUGGAUACCCUGAUGACCAGCGCCGUCACUCCAUCGAGGUUUGCCUUCCCCAGGGUCCAACGUUGGGCAGCGGCCGGCAGGAGGAGCCUCCGCCUGAGAAAGGCGGGUUUCCAAUGAGGGUGCAGUCCUUCGGCGGUGGCCACAGGAAGAAGAAGAUGAGCCCCCCUUGCAUAUCUAUUCACCCCCCCUGCGAGAAGGAGCCGCCCCAGGUGUCCUCUCCUCCCACACUGGCUGAUUCCAGCACCAUGCUGCGACGCAGGACGCCGUCGUAUGACUUAACCCCACACACACAAGACGCCUUCGCCGAAGCGCCGGUACUGCACGCGCUGCUGCCGUCACGCGGGUCCACGCCCACCCAUGCCCCCACGCCCACACGCCCUCACAUCCCCAUCAGCCCAAACGUCUUCAUUCAGCCUCAUGCGCCUCUUGUCCCGACCACUAUGCCUUUCUCAGCGUCGGCCUCGCCUGUCGCCGGCCGCUACAUCCCCCUCCCGCAGUUCACCUUCAACCAUCCACAGUCCAGACACAUGUCGGAGACGGAAGUAGCCACGUGUUCUUCCCCUUUUGACAGCAACCUGGGAGGCGGCGCUGGAUUCCACGCCAAAAAUCGAAGGACUGCACAGUGACAUCCAGAUGGGAUGGAGUAAGAGAAAUUUGAGGAAGAUGGAUUUUUAUUUUUGUAUUGACUCUUGUGUGAGUGCGGCCCAGUCCCGGGGUGGAAGAGUGGACGACCCCAACUGGGCCCGCUGCACAUGGUGUGUGUCGGCGGACCAACAACACACCCGGACUAAAGCCACCUAACUCUGUAGCCAAAGUUUUUUCGACACAUUGACCCCACCCGGGCGAGCCAAUCAGGAAGCAGCGUCUGGCUGAAAGUGUGAAGUGCGAGCGGGGUGGGGACUGUGGGAUAUGCAACUUCAGGUUCUCCACAGAAGUUCUCGCUUGCCCCUCCUCCUCUGCUCCUUGAUCACAUUGAUCCGAGCAGAAGCGUGUGCGUGUUUGAGUGUGCGCGUGUUGUCGGACACCGUCCAAGUCGUUGUCUCGGGAUGUCGUUCUUACACUUGACCACCGAGAGGGGGAGCAGUGCAGAGCUGGAGUCUGUCUUUAUCUCUGUGUAAAUACAUGGAAAAUGCUGUACUUGUGAGAUUGAAAUAGCUCUAUCAAUAUGCACAUAUUUUUAUAGAGAUCUGAAAUGUUUUUUUGCACACACAUUUGACGUUGCUUUUCUCCCUUUGUUGUCCUCUUGUGAAUGUACAAUUUCUUUGGAAGAAACCAAGUCUCCUCUCGAAAGAGGUGGGGCAGGAGGUGGGCUGGGAUUUUUCUAUUUUGGAAGAGAGGACAGGGGUGUGUGUCUCUGUAGCUUCGUCCGUGUUUAUGGUGUCAGAGUAACAGCUGAGGGAGGUGGGCUCAGUGACGCAGAGGAACACGCAUGUUUGACCUGAAUUCAAGCAGCAGUUUGUUCAUCACGAAGUCCUUUUGGAACUCUGUUGACCCCCAAGGUCGUCAUGGCCUCAUUCUCCUCCAUGCUGUUCAUGAUUAUUAAAAGAUAAAAUGUUGGGUGUGGUCGAGCUCCAAGCAGCUGUCGUAUUGCAAAGCAAGCGCACCUUGAAGCCAAAGCGGCUUCUGUAGAGAGAAAGUGGCCAUCAGUCCAUUCAAGGGGAUUUCCUCAGACGUUCUGGCCUCUUCUGGCGAACCUAGCCGUGAACGGUUGAACCACUGGAGAGCGAUUGUGUUGCCUUGAAUCAGGCUUCAACUGUGAGCGACUUCAUGAAAAAAAUGUCUUCUGGACUCUGACCUGAUGAAGCCCAGAUGAACGGAGGCAGCAUGUAUCCAACCAUCACCUUUACUCUCUGAUGGAGUCCACGUCUUCCAAGUGUCACUGAGCCUGUUUUCUCUCUUGUUUUGGACCUCUGAAACCACUAAGUGUGUCUGUCCAUCUGAAUACAACCAAACAUGUGUAGCCAGAGUGCAAUAAUAAUGAUCAUAAUAAUAAUACUGAAUCGUGAUGUUACAUGUGGAGACGGCUGACGUCCACUGGAGCAGCCCACUCUUGACUACUUGACGUGAUAUUCCACCAUUUUACUCCGAUGUUAGACGGCUGCGUCUCCUUGUGAUGAUGCAGCUGCUACAGGUUUUCGGGGCGCAGGUGUCGGUGAGGUCAUAUGCUGUAGACUACUUUGAAGCUCAGGCCCACUCAUGAAGGUCUGUGUGUUGCACACAAUAAGCUCUCCAUCAUCACUUGAUGACAUUAUCUCAUGAGGUCCUUCUGGGGUGUGAAGAAGAAGCAUGCUUGUGUGUGACUGCAGACGACAGCAUGCUUGCACAAGUGAGAAAAGACAGCGCAGUAUUUACAGCCCAUUCAAGAUGGAGUGCUUUGGAUCAUCGACCUGAUCCUCCAGUAUCAGUCUGGUGUUGAGGGAAGGACCUUCCUUCUGGCAACGCGUUGCUCUUUUACUGUCACACAAGGCAUUUCUAUUUUAAAUCCGCCAAAUUGAUUCCAACUGUGUCAAUAAAUGCCUCGUCGUAAUUCCGCUGCGAGAACCUCUGAGUCGUUUUAUUUAGCCGUACAAUAAUACCUGUGUUCGUACGAAUACGUUUUUUUUUCUCAAUCGAUCACAACAUUGAAUCAAAAUCACUCCGAUAAAGCACAUUCAUAGCACUUUUCUUUUCUUUGCUGUUGCUCUCUGUUGCACUUUUGCAGCGCCUCAUUGAUUAGCACGUGACAGCUAACAUUCACUUCAGUGACUUGAAAGACGGACUGGCUGGUUAACAUCAGUAAAGGAAGGAAAAGAAUUGAAUGAAAGAUCCACCAUUUUUUUUUUUUUUUUUCAAAGGAUUGUUUUUUUUUCAUGUUGCCAUUGCUCAUCAUCAUUGUCAAAGGUUUGGCCGCCACAGAGCUAACUGUUAGCAUCACAAGCUAGCCCUCUCAUGUCAUGACACAGAAGCACACAGGCGUUUCUAAAAGCUGUCGGUUUGAGAUGCUUUGAUGUUUUUACGCGUUCACUUCUUCUUGCUGCGGCAAGUAUUUCGUCGCGCGAUGACCUUCUUAACCCUCACAGCUUGGCGACUGCAUUUCUCUUCUUGAUCUUCAAACCUCUUACAUCCUGUUUUCCAGGAAACAGUUUUACACUACUGCAUGAUUUAGAGCAAAACGGUCUGGGAACGAAGCCGAUGCUUUCGAGAUUUUUGCAUUUGUAGAUGGCACUGGGCUCUGAAUAGCUGGUCCAGUACUGAUCCGAUACUGACCCGAGUCUUUCUUGUCCCAUGCAGCAGCGGCUGGAUGGUUUAUCGGCUCUCGGUGAUACAGUUUUAUUUCGGUAGCUGGCUCCGUUUGGCUCAGAGCCAGUGACGCUCACGUCACGCUGAAUCUAAUUAACCGAUGUAUAUUUGAAGUAGGAGUAGAAUCAGCCCUGAUGUUCAAGAAACUGAACAAGCUGUGGUUUAUUUUCGGGUCUGACACUGAACUGUCGGUGAACUGUGAGGAGACUUCAGUGUUGGGCUCCCCCUGAGCCCCUCCACGGCCUUAUACGGUGGGGCGGGAGGCGUUUGCUGUCCAGAGAGUCCAGAUGUCUGCAAUAAUACGAGCCCCUUUAAGUGCCCUCGCCGGGGGCCGGGGGCCGGGGGGGCGACCGGUGACCGGACACACCACUGGACUUUGGAUUGUUGCUGGUGAUUGUGUGACGCCAAGCCGUUGUCCUGCAGGAUGUUUCCCUGUCUAUUUAAGA